AUGGAUAGACACAGUCAUGACAGACACUAUGCCAGACUUGCCUCGCCUCCCAACGUUACCGGUGGGGACGCCCGCAUCAUGACCCCUAACUUGAAGCUGACGGAUGGCGUGGCCGAACUGUCCUUUUACUACCACAUGUUUGAUCCUAUUCCAAGUGACUUCAAAGGCACUAUCAACGUGUAUGGGUGUAACAGAGAUCUGGUGUGGAGCCGGUCGGUGAACCUCGGGAACUUCUGGGUGAAAGCUACCAUUAAGUUGUCAUGCGAUUCGCCAUUCAGGAUCAUAUUUGAAGGUGUGAUAGGUGCCAAAGACAGCGAUCUUGCGAUCGAUGACGUCGAUGUUACAGAUCGAUUCAACACAACAAAGCCCACAGCAGGAAAACCAAUGGAUCCAAGGGGCACCGAACCUGGUGGUAUUACCCCUCGAAGCUCCAACGGGGCAUCAACAGGUAGCAUUACACUAUAUCCUCACGGUGAACUUCCACCCGUUGGUCCAGGAACGGAAGAUGUAGAUCCUGAUAUAGCGCUGAGUUUAGUCACCGUAGCUGUUGCACUGUUCGCUGCUACCUGUCUUAUGCUACUUGUCACAGUCAUAAUACAUUACAAAGUAUGCAACCAGCGAAGGAAAAACCAUUAUCCUUCCCACAUCGUCUACCACGGACCCUCUUAUUACAACAGAGAUGUGGAGCGCACUGGGAAUGAAAGAGAAGGAUACAUGACUCUUAACUUUGACGGUAGUCGCGCAUCUUCAUCUGGGACAGCUACAGAGCUAUUAACUAUGUCAGACAGACAUGAUAUGCCAUCAAAGAAUGGUGACCGUAUCUCAUUAGCUAGCAUCACCAGGACUAGUUCACUUUCAGAACCAAGACCUAGACUACCAACUCGGAGAGAGAGUAGAACUUUCCCUAUUGUCCGGGAACUAAAAAACCUUCUACACGCAGUGCAUAUGAGAAGGAUACGCACGCUUAGCCAACAUCUGUCCGUAGCAGAGAUAGAAAUGUUACGUCAUGAACUGAGCAGUAGAUCAACCACUCCUGCUCAUCCUGAUGUGUCACAUGACCGAACAAUGUCAACAAUUCUUCUCGAUACAAGUGCAUCAACUAUACGUCCAAUGAGUGAAAUAAGCGAGCAUUUUUAUUACAGUUUAUUCCCAGAUCCUAACGGCGAAGGAGGCGCUCGAAGUCCAGCUCAACGUCGACAUGAUGCACGUGCUCCUCUUGUGUCGGGUAGACCGGCGCACACGUCGUCGACGAUGGCCGCGCAGGGUGGGCCGUUAGUUGACCGAACCGGUCGUACGGUGGGCCAGAGUCAUGCGUCAUCGACGGGUGAAGAAGGGACUCAUUCGACGAUUGUUCAAUCAGAAGAAAGUAGUGGUCCAUUAGAUGACGUCACAUCUACAACUAUCGCUGCUGAUGAUAACACUGAAAUGGUAGAUAAUGAAAUUUAUGAAUCGUACACGGAGAACGAAGUGUCUUGCUGAUACACCAUGACUUCUCAACGACGAUUUUUUUUUUAAGGACACCACAUCUCAUCUUGACGAUGGUUAUCAUACGCGUCUGCGCUCGGGUCAAAUCAGGUUACCAACAGAUGAACGUAUGAUCAAUAUUUUAGCUACCCAAAGCAUUUGAUGUCUCACACUUUAUGUUUCCAUUCAUGUGUUGCCUAACAUAAUAAAAUCAAGAAAUUUAAUAUUCCAUCCUAGUCUGUAUUAACAGUUAUCAUAACUGGCCGGGAAAAUGUAUAUGGCAGUGCUGGUUCUUUCACACCAAUCAGGGGGUAAGGAGGAAAUAAUUCGUUUCCAGCACCUUUCUGCAAUUCUAUUAGUUCCUUCGCAGAACGUGUGUUUUUAUGACUGACAUACAUCUGCUAAAAACUUAAAAGUUUAAACAGACGUAUGUCAGUCAUAUUUGAUCAUUUACGCAUGGGACCGACAUUUAAAGUGACCAUCCGAAAGACACGAACCAGCGCUUGAAUCACAAACCCCUGCAUCAAUUUGUAAUUUCACCAAUGUAGCUGAGACCAUUGGCGCACGCCACAACGACCAACAGCUGAUAGAUGGCGAUAUUUCCCCCGGCCAUCAGUCAUCAAAGGCACUUCUCUUAUAUAAAUUACUACCGGAUUCCUCACUGGAAUACCGUUGCUAGCUUUAAAUAAAACCGGAAUAUAUUUCAACACAAGAAUUCAAGUGAUGUAAACCAAAUAGUUCUUCAUAUCAGUGUAACUGGUAAUUUUAUUUCACCAAGGUGUAAACCGUCUUUGGAAAAAUUUUAUAGGCCUAUCGUAUCGCAAUAUCUUUGAUCAGUACCAACGCAUUUGUCUACCUGGCAGCUCUCAUGUAUGUCGCCCUCUAUCGUGUGAUUUAGCAUAUUAAAUAUUCAAAAGGGAGUUCGGGAAUUAUCUCGUUAUGGGUGUCUCACUUGAAAUGGAUUGAAGUUUAUGUUAAUUUAUUGUUCAUCUAGUGUGAUUUUCUAAUGAUGCAAAAGUUUUACUUUAACAUUCAUCCUGUGUGGCCACGACUGGUAUCAAAUCAGUGAAAUCAAGUUUGGUGCCCGUACUGGUAUUGGAGGCACAAAUAAGCCAGUUCGUAGUUCCUUUCUGCGCAUGAUCAAAAGAUUCUACGCAUGAUCAGAGGAAGGUCAUUUGUACUAAAGUGACUUAAUGGUUUAAAAUCUAAUGAGAUAAGCACCAACUUUGAUGUCUUGAUUAUUCAUAUAUUCUUUUGAAUGGUGGUUUUCAUUUACAUCCACAAAAAACAACAAUGCGUCCACGAACGACUGAUAUUUCACAGUUUGCCAAGUACAUUGUGCAACAUGCUAUGAUAUGCAUUCAAAGUAGGAAUGCAACAAAUACCUUCAUAAAGUGUUCAUUGGUGUGCUAUUCUAGUCACCUGGUCUAUUCAAUUUCUUCAUCCUGCUAUGUAAGGCAAGCUUACGUAAUAUCUUGCUUUGAAAUCUGCAUAUUAUAAUGAAAGAAAUGAAAGGUCAUUUGACCAAAAUUGUCCAUGAAGUAACAACGAACUGGUCUAUUCAGUUUACCCUGCUUCACGCCGCCGUGCACACAAGAAGAGCCAAAUCACAUUAUUGAUAGAUGACACCGAGUGAAAUUCGUCAAAGGAUCAGAUGCACUUUUAUGUCGUGCUGAUGUAAGAGUGGACCGGAUGCCAACACCAAAAAUUCCACACCGGACUUGAAAUCCCCUACAGAUAUAUGUAUAUUUCUAUAUUACGAAAUGUCACUCUUAUCACUUGCUUCCAGUGGCACAAUUUUGCUGAUUUAAGGGGUAAUGCAAUAUUUUGAUGAUUGUUUAAAAUUUUUUUUUUUUCAAAGAUCUUUUAUGUCAUCCUCUCGUACGAGUUACGCUAUGUGACCCACUGAUGUAACGAGCGACACUUGGCUUCCAAAUUAAAAAAAAUAAACCAAAAUAACUGACAGUGAUAUGUGACGAUGCAGAUUGGUCGAAACGAACAAGUCGGGUGAUUUAAAUUAGGCAAUCAAAAUUAAUAUUAGCUCUUUAUUUCUUUGAGUUUGACAAUAUUUCCGAUUCGUGAUUUCAGGUUAUUGAAAUAACAAAGGCCGAUGAAUGCCAGACUAACUUGUACUGCUUGAUGUAUAUAAUUAUAAGGAUUGUGUGAAUUUCAGAUGUAGAUAAUACUUUUUUAUAUGUAACUGGGAUGAGUGAUAAAUAUUGCUUUUGUGAAGUGACACUUUAAGAUAUUUUAAAGGAAAGGAUAAACGGAUACGUGUUUUUUAAGUAAAAGUACAUUUAGGGUUUCAAUGGGAUAAUGUCCCUCGAAAUGGAAUGGUGGAAAGAACAUUAUUAGAUUAUUUUAUGUGUGCUUGAAAUACAGUGUAUUAUCCCUAACUAGGCCGGGAUAACGAUUUUGCCGCGUCGCUACCUGUCGUCUCCGGCCUUUUUUAUGCAAAAUCUUGCGCAACUUGUGAGGCCAAAUUUUCGACGCCCGGGUACGCGGUUCCAAAGUCACGUAACGUUCUGUAAUUGCAUGUCAAACCGAAAGUUCCUGAAAACGUGGUCUCAUGUACAGAUCCAAUGCAAGUUCUGUUUCUUCCUAUAAAAUGUAAAUACAUCAUUACUUUCACUUUAA